CUACACCGCGCGGUGCAUUCUGGUAGUAGUUGAAAGAUUCAAGAUGGCGGCGAGCAGGAGACUACACAAGGAGCUUGAAGAAAUCCGCAAAUCUGGGAUGAAAAACUUCCGUAACAUUCAAGUUGAUGAAUCAAACAUAUUGACAUGGCAAGGCCUCAUUGUUCCAGACAACCCUCCAUACGACAAAGGGGCGUUCAGGAUCGAGAUUAUCUUCCCUGCAGAAUACCCUUUCAAGCCACCCAAGAUCACGUUCAAAACGAAGAUCUACCACCCCAACAUUGACGAGAAGGGACAGGUCUGCCUGCCUGUCAUUAGUGCAGAGAACUGGAAACCAGCCACCAAAACUGACCAAGUAAUUCAGUCGCUCAUUGCCCUGGUGAACGACCCACAGCCAGAACACCCUCUGAGGGCCGACCUAGCAGAAGAAUACUCAAAAGACCGUAAAAAAUUCUUUAAGAAUGCAGAUGAGUUUACAAAGAAACACGGCGAAAAGCGGCCAGUGGACUAACAAUAACCAGACAAGUGUGUAGCCCCAGACCCCUCCUACUCCUCUGAUCCUCUUCCCCUCGCUCUACUGCCUUCCUCCCGACACCCAAAUGAUAUCCUCUAUCCCUCCCACUUUCCCUCCUUCUCCUCUCCUUUCCACGUGUCACUCUAGUUGAGCUGGAGAAGUACAGCGCAGCUGCAGCCUCUGUCUUGAAGCAGGACGCCGCAAGGACAUCCAGUCUGAGUUUCUGGUGUUAGCUUGAGGCCCUUACUAACUUGUUGUUUAUUUUUCUUUCUCAAGUUUGAAAGCGUCACAAUUUGGUUAGAGGCUAACUUAAGACAAAGAAGUUGGAAAUUGUACAGGGCGUUUCAGUGAUGAAUGCUGUUUGACCCUUUUGUAAUGAGAAAAUGAAUCAUUGCAUUAUUACACAAAACUUUCAAAAAUUACUUUUGGAAGUGACAGUUCAUUUAAAACAAAGAUGGAUUGUAAUUUAUCAUGUAUAUUAUUAUUAUUAUUAUGUUGUUCCCUCUUCUUACAUUUGUGCUCUUUGAUUUCUGCAAAACAAAAAGGAGACAUUAAGGAGGAGCUGGAGGAUUUCAGUGACGGCGACAGAUUAUUUCAUAUAACCUUUUUACUUUAACUGCAAUUGUUGGGUUGCACGGUAUGUCUAAAAAACAGGCUACUUUCAGCCCUUUACCAAGCCUCGAAUUGGCAAAACCACUGUAAAGUCAGUAACAAAGGCGGCUUAGGAGCCGAUAUUGCUAUGAAAUACGUUUGUUUGACAAAUGAAAAUAGGAAGGAUGAAAACAAAGCUCUUUGUGUGAGUGAACGUAAAUUCCAUGAUGAUCGCUAAUUUUAAACUCUUUUAACAUGUUUCGUAGGAAAUUCUUGUAUAUUGUUGAUUAUUUGGGUUUAAUCAUGGAAAUGGCCCCUAGUUUUACAGAGAUGUACGCUACUGAGAAUUAUCAUCCCCAUUUUCUCCCAACACAGAAUAAACGCAGUAGUUGACCGUGAGUUUUCUAGAACAUUCUCUACAGUUUCUUUAAAGUAUAUCAUUCAGUCUUUCAAAUUGCAUCUUAAGUGGUAUUUUACGCCACUCUUUAUAAUGCAAAGAGGUUCUGCGGGCUUUCUCUAGUUCAAAAUAUUUCAGUAAUAUUUGCUUAUGCAUUUGGGUUAAGUGUCAGAACGCCUCAAAUAAGCCCCAGUGUUUUCUUUACUUGUUAAGAACUUAUUUUCAUGCAGGAUCAGAUUUAAAAAAUGCUCUACAUUUGUGUACCAAAAUAAAAAAGGAAGACCAAGCAAUGUUAUACUCAAACAUUGGCUAAAUUCACUUCUGAUUAGAGUUUUCGUAUUAAAAUCAACCAAUAAAGUAGGUUUUCUGGGAUUCCCCAGUUUAAGAGCAUUAUGGGUUUGUGUGAUAAAUCAAAUCUGAACUUGACCAUUUAGUGAUUUUUUUUUAACCUUAUUAGCAUUAGUAAUAUAUUUAUGAGAACUACUACUUAAACCCCAAACUGUUGCUUCAGUUACAGCUUAUUCUGAAAUGCCGUUAAUAGCCUGAAUUUAUCAUACAGGUUAUAAACAGGUUAACCCUAAUAUGUGUCAAAACAUUGAACUCACCAAAUAAAGGCUAUUUUGACCUA